AUGCCGCGCCUCUCGGUGAGGCGCGGUCUGCUGUACGCCGGUCUCGUCGCCUCUGGCACGCUCUUCUUCAUCAACUUCCCGCAGCGCGAGCUGACACCGUGGCCGACGGGACUGGCCGGCGGCGCGGCGCUCGGCGGCCGGCGGCGGCCGGCGCCGGCCGCCGGGCCGCGCGACCUCCCCCUGUGGCCGGAUGAGCACGAUGGCGACCGCAUUGUCAACCAGCUGCUGUUCCGGCCGGCCGCCACCGCCGGCCGGCUGAAGAAGAUCCUGCUCUACGAGGGGUUCGGCGCGCGCCUCAAGCCCGGCCAGGAGGAGUUCCUGCGCAACGGCUGUCCGGUGAACACGUGCGAGUUGACCACGUCGCGCAGUCAGAUCGACGCGGCCGACGCGGUGCUCUUCAAGGACCGGUUCCACGGCCCGCGCAGCCGGCGCCGGCGCGACCAGGUCUGGAUCAUGUACCUGCUCGAGUGUCCGCUGCACACGGUCAACUUCAAGCCGGAGGCUAAGUUUAACUGGACGGCGACGUACCGCCACGACAGCGACGUGGUGGCGCCCUACGAGAAGUGGGUCUACCACGACGAGGCUGUGCACUUCCGGCGUCAGGAGGUCAACUACGCCGCCAACAAGACCAAGAAGGUGGCGUGGUUCGUGUCCAACUGUGGCGCCUCCAACAAGCGGCUACAGUACGCCAAGGCUCUGGCCAAAUACAUAGACGUAGACAUUUACGGCAGCUGCGGCACGAAAAAGUGUCCGCGUAGCAUGGCCAAGAAGUGUUUCGAUAAGCUAAAUAGCGAAUACAAGUUUUACUUGGCGUUUGAGAAUUCAAACUGCCGAGACUACAUCACCGAGAAGUUCUUCGUCAAUGGAUUGCAGUACAACGUGCUGCCGAUCGUGAUGGGUGCCCACCCGGACGACUACAGGAGAGCGGCGCCCGAGCACUCCUACAUCCACGUGGACGACUUCAAGUCGCCGCAGGAGCUGGCCGACUUCCUCCACGCGCUGGACCGUGAUGACCACCUCUAUAACUCGUACUUCCAGUGGAAGGGCACGGGCGAGUUCAUCAACACGUUCUUCUUCUGCCGGCUGUGCGCCAUGCUGCACGAUCCUGGCCGCCAGAAGACCAUCACCGACCUCAACACGUGGUGGCGCGCGCCCGGCACGUGCAUCAACGGCAGGUGGCCGCGGCCGGAACGGACGUGAGAGGCGUCUCGUGGCGCGGCGAGCGCUCUCACCGGGCGCACAGUGCAACCUGGCUGUCAAUCGGCAUUCCAUGCGCGGGUGUGGACGAGCGGGGCUGUUGGAGUGCGGACGAGCGGGGCUGUUGGAGUGCGGACGAGCGGGCUGUUAGAGCGCGGACGUGGCGGCGAGGACGCCGGUGCCCCGCAGCUCUGGUGUAGGAUCGGCGCUGGGUGAGGGGGCUGCGCUGCGAGAGCGCGGCUUCCGCUCACAUGCGUGGCGUGACCCAGUUCUCCCCGCGACAGAUGUUGUGGGGCGUGCCACAGAGUAGCGCACAGACCGCGCAGGGGCGUAGAUGGCGUGGCGCAGACGUCUCGGCCGUACGCACGGGGCCGGGCUCCGCUGGCCGCGGCGACACGGCGGAUCCGCCGGAAACUCGGCACCGGCCGAGCCUUCGUGCCCGUCCGGCUCCAAAACACCAGCGAGAGUGCGUUCCGCAAUAUGAGUACGAGUCACGCGGCUGAUCUUAAAGCGCGGAUUGUGUUUUGUUGCACGGCUACGACCUUUUCUCGUCCCCGGGGGCAUGGUAUCCGGAGUGCAUAUUACCAGUCACCUGGUGCCCUGCUAUGCGAGAGACUGCCGCCGCGUGCCUCUGUGUUGAGCCGUGCCAAUCCGGGAUCCCGUGGCGCCGGACCUGCUGGGUCCGAGCGUGCCGCCGCGUGCCUCUGUGCUGAGCCGUGCCAAUCCGGGACCUCCCGUCGCUCCGGGCCUGCCGGGUCCGCGCGAAGCAAGCAGCAUUCCAGCGCGGUCCGCGCCCGAUUAUCCGCCCUGUCGUGGCCGCUGGCCGGCCGGCAGGGCCGAGACAGUGUGUUUGGCAGCGUCUGACUUGAUUGUAUUGCUGAGCAGGUAGCAGCAUAUUCCGAUGGGGUAUUAUCGAGCAUCGGCGUGUUGGCCUCGCGUGACUUGUGCACGUCACACAGUGGCCGGGAGCUUCGCCAGUGACGUCACCAUCACACGGCGACCGAGAGCUCGGUCAGUGACGUCACCAUCACACGGUGGCUGGGAGCUCAGCCAGUGACGUCACCAUCACACGGCAGCCGAGAGCUCAGCCAGUGACGUUACCAUCGCACGGUGACUGGGAGCCUCGCCAGUGACGUCACCAUCAUACGACAGCCGGAAGCUCAGCCAGUGACGUCACCAUCACACGGCAGCCGGGAGCUCCGCCAGUGGCGUCACCAUCACAUGGCGGCCGGUGGCUCAGCCAGUGACGUCACUGUCACACAGCGGCCGGGAGCUCAGCCAGUGAUGGCACCAUCACACGGUGACUGGGAGCUCAGCCAGUGACGUCACUGUCACACGGCAGCCGGGAGCUCAGCCAGUGACGGCACCCGAUGACGUGCGGUCAGACUCAGGUUCAGGGACGGUUCAGCCCGCUCCACCCUCCACACGAUCAAGCGACAGUAUCAUACCGGCUCGGCACGCCACCGGGCCCGACCGACUGUCCGCUCCCAGCUCUGCCGCUUACAGAUAUCAGCUAUCAUGUUGUGUCUGUCCCGCUUAUGUAAGCCGGGCGGUCCCGGCCCGAGCUGGAGGUGGUUUGAGCUGAAGUGGUUUGAGGGUUUUUUGUGGGG